AUGACCGCUCCUUUGACUCAGACUAUCGACGUCAUUGCGACCCCCGCAAAGGUGCAGAACGUCAAUCCGGUGAAUUUGCUUUGCUUCUUCCUCAACUGCGCAACACAACUGGGCUAUGGGCUUUUCAUGCCUGUUGCCCAGGUGAUCCCAUGCAAUGCCUAUGGUGUAGCUGUAGGCUUCUUUAGCAUCAUAACGUGCUGGUGUCUUGCGCGGCGGGAUGAGAAGGCUGAUCGAUGGAAUUGUCAGGCCUGUGCAAGCACGAUCUUCAUCUUGGGCUUGUCAGUCUUGAUCAUCGUGUAUGCGGGGGUCGGGGGCGAGCGCGCUCCAGGAAGAGUUGGAAGCUUGGGAAUGCUUGUGGGCAUCAUCAUGUACGCAGCGCCACUCUCGGUUCUGCAGGAGGUGAUUCGGACAAAAUCGUCGGCGCCGUUGCCGGUGAUGCAGAUCUUUCUGGGCUUUCUGAACAGCCUCUGCUGGCUCGCUGUUGGCCUGCGCAAUCAGAAGCUUCCAGUCUGGGCCCCCAACGUCUUCGGGAUGCUUCUGUCUCUCAUCCAGUUGGUGCUGAUCUUGAAGUACCCAGCCAAACAGGAGAGUGACGUCGAGGCGGCAGAGGAGAAUCCUGCGCCGCCCCUGAAGGAACACGUUGCAGCAGACUUCGUGCGAAGCCGAACAGGGGAGCUCGCCGAGACCGUGGCAGAGAUUUCCGUGCUCGUGAAGAGUGUGAGCGGGAUCUUUGAGAACAACCCCAACAUGUGCAUGGAGCACAAUACCAAUGAGUCGACGGACUCACAGGAGAAGGAGACAGUCGCGGGAGAAGCAACCAACUCUCCGGCGGACGCUCCGGUCCUGCUGGGUCGGUUCGGGCGUGGCCACAAGGACCGUGCAGAUGCAGUCAAGAAGGCAGUGGAAGAAGAUGGAGCCGCAGCCUCUCAGGAGAGGCGUUCUGUACAGCUCUGA